CACCGAGGACCUCCUAAGGACGGAGCUUUACCCCGACCUGUCCCCGGAGGACUUCCACGCCCUGCACGACAAGAUGAGAGGCCUGCUGAAGUUGUUCCUGGUGUUUAGAGACGCGUUCCGGUGUUUCAGUUCAACUCGUGACCAUCAUCCGAAUGCGUGGCUUUGUUGGCGUGGCUACGGCAGCAGUUGGAGAUCGGGAAAAGACUCGUAGCUGUCUUUGCGGAUGCCUCUUUGAUUUGUUGUCAAUAAAAUGUCAAAAACAUAGCCAUCUCAUUCAUAUUUGGAGUCUAAUUGGCGGAAACUUGUCACGUAGAACAAUUUUAAGCCAAAAUAAAUGGAAAAUGUGUGUUUUUUUAUAUUUGAUAGUUGAGAUUCCAUUCCAUUGUGCCGUUGAGCCACAGCAUCUUGAUCAGCUGCAGUACUUUUCCUGAGUCUUUUCCCGAUUUCCAACAGCUGCCGUAGCCACGACAACAAGUGACGCAUUCGGCUGAUGGUCACCAGUUAACACGGUCACGAGUUGAACUGAAACACAUGUCCAUGUCAGGACUCAAGAGUAGUUUGAGAAAGUAGACGUUGACGACGAGUACCUAUUUACUGAAUGCAGUACAGACAUCAUUCUGUGUAAUUUUGUGUCACUUCAACGAAACGCUGUCACAUCGCUCGUUGGGAGUCGCAUCAGCUCCGCCACUAGAGGGCACUGUCGGCCCACUGAUUAUGUGACUCAGUAGCUGUGUUCGAAAUCGUUCCCUGUACACUCGUUCCCUAUUCCCUAUACAGUAGUAGUGUAUAUGAUUUAGUGCACUAUAUAGACCAAUUUUUUAUUUGUAAACAUUCGGAUGCGCGCGCAGGGUGGUGGCAGAAAACAGCGAAAGGGUAGUUAUUUAUAACGGCAAAAGGACCACUCGGAUAAUAAUACAAGUAGCCUAGAUAGAUUUUUAAAAGAUUAUAGUUAAUAAUGAUUAGAUCUGAUUAGUAAAAUGUUUUCGACAUAUUUCAAUAGCCUGUCACCCAGUGAUAAACACUGUUAUUUAGCCAAAUUGACGUUAGUGGGCAGUGGGAUACGUCUUCCAGAUCCGUUUGCAAUAGCACCUUGUCAAUGGUUAAAUGAUGAAACGAAAUGGCCUAGCAUCCAGUGGCCAGAGAUUUAUAAUUACCUAAUCGAAACUCCAAGUGUAUAUACCCGGGAGAAGCUAAAAGCGUACAAGUCUCUGGAUGCUUACAAUUUUGUUCUGUGUGGUCAUGUCCAAGACAUACUAUGGCAUGAUUACAAUGUUCUAGGGCUGUCAAAACGAACUUCGCUAUUCGAAUACAAUUCGAAUUUUUCAAAAAAGGAGAACAUUCGAGUGCGGCAACUAACGUUCGAACUUUUUUUAAUUCAAAAAAGUCAAGAAUUACAUUUAACUUUUGUCUAGCAACGACGCAAAUCAAAGUCAAUGUUGUGCGUCAUGACGUUCGGCAUUGUAUGCUUACAAGAUGGCAGACACAGAGCUGGAAAGCAUAGGUACGAACACACCAAACGCGUACCCGCGUAAAGAUUUACGCGCGUAACGCAGCUAAAAUGUUGCUUGACCAUUUUGUGUCAAAAAUGGUCCUACGCAGCUACGCUCCUACGCGCCUAGAUGAAUCCAUGUCCAUGCAAGUGAACGGAGCGUUCCCUCUUCGUCAUAACGAUCAAACCAAACAUCCUUCACAUUCACCGAGCGAACAUUACGAAAGUAAAAUGCACAUUUCUCGCAAUUUUUUUUUCCAUAAACGCAUUUAAUGGCGUAACUAUGUUACUAUUUCCACCCAGAAUAAAGAAAGUUGUCGGCCGUGGCUGCGCUGAAGUCCGAGGUAGGAAACCCAAACGCCGCCGUGUUUGGGUGAUAGAGUUUAGAUCGGGUUAGAUUAAAUAAUCUCGGAUAUAAAUAACAAUAAUCGGGUUAAAUAACUUCACAUGGUGUGUCUGGUGUGUUUCCAGCAUUCGUAGUGUUGAUCAGCAGAUAUAUAGUCCGCCAAGACGUUGAGGUUGCUUAGUAACCAGAGACUCUGUCCAUGCAAGUGAACGGAGCGUUCCCUCUUCGUCAUAACUAUCAAACCAAACAUCCUUCACAUUCAUCUCGUUGUCUGCAAGCUGGGCGGCAGACAACAUCUUCAUUAAACAUCAUUGCUUGAAUAUUUCUGGCGUUAUAUCUUACCUAUUUAUAUAAGUUUUGUAUUGAUUUUGUAAAACUUGUUGCAAAUGUUACAUAACAGAUUUGGUUGACGCGCCCUCUAGUGGACGCGGGACAUAGGCCUAAUAAUAAGAUGGUAUCGGUGUAUAUAAUGAUAUAAUUAAAAAAAAUUAAAAAAAACAUUAAAAUAUUCGAAUAUUAUUCGAAUAUUCAACAUAAGAAGCAUUAGAAAUUCGAAUAUGAUUUGAGGGGAGGAUUGACAGCCCUACAAUGUUCAAAACUUCGUUGUGAUGAAGACGGAGGUUCUGCCUAGCCAAAGACAGGGAAAGAAGACAGAAUUGUACAAGGCCUGGGUUAUCGUCAACAAGACCAACAACUGUAUUCUUACUGCGAACUGCACCUGUAUGGCUGGGUAUGUAAACCAACAUAAGUUUACUAUUGUAAAUGUUCAUUAUUUACCCAAUUGUCAGUGUCAGCAAUUGAAUCUGUAACUGUAACACUGUAGCCUAGCUGUAACACUGUAACAAAAUGUAACUGCUUAUUUGCUGGAAAUCAUAGCUAAAACCGUUGUUAGCCUGCCCUUACGUAUAUGUAAAGCCUAACGUACAAAAAAUGUUUUGUUCAGGUUAGGGUCAUGCUGCAGCCAUGCAGCUGCACUAAUGUUCAAAGUUGAGGUGUGGGUCAGGAUGGGAAAGACGGAGAGGUGUUGUACUUCAGGGACAAAUAUGUGGAUCCACACAUCCAAGAGAGAGGUGAAACCAGCCAGACUAAGCGAGAUCUGCUUCAGAAAGGCUAAAAGGACAGACACCCAACUGAAGCCAGUCAGAGUAAAGCGUAGACAGAAUAAUGUAAACGGUAGGCACAAUCUGAAUGUAGGCAAGAUCAGGUCAUGUACAUAUAGCAAUAAGGUAUUCAUUAUAUUUUAUAAUUAAUGUAAAUACAUACGUUAUAAUCAGGGUCAUGUAACUAUUAAUGGCAGAUGUAUGAAAAUAAGUUAUCUAAUAUUUAUUUUGUGUAUUCAGAACUGACAGAUGAAGACAUUGCGGAAUUGAAACUACUGGCACCUAACGCAGCUGUACUCACUACCAUGGAACUCAGUGACACAGAUUCCGCAACAGAAUCUGACACAGAGGCCGGGGACCUCCCAGAGCCACUAGUCGCUCUGUAUGAUGCCAAUCUGAGAUGCCUCUGCAAAAAUCAACUACAAGAGAGGAGUGAAGAGACUUUUGAAAAACUGAGGAAGGGGUUAACUAAUGAGCAGUGUGUAAACCUUGAGCUUACAACUAAAAAUCAGGCACAGUCUCAGGCCUGGCACACACACAGAAAUGGAAGGAUAACAAGCACAACCCUACAUCGUGUAUACACUGUAGUAACCGAAACAGCUAAACUAAACCUUGUAAAACAGGUAAUGCACUACAAUAAACAAGACUUGUCCCAUGUGCCAGCAGUACUUUGGGGAAGAGAUAUGGAGGACACAGCCAGAAGACAAUACACAGAAAUAAUGAAAGCACAACAUUCCAACUUUGAAGUGGAGCUUUGCGGUCUUGUUGUGCGGCCAGACAAACCACAUCUUGGGGCAUCGCCGGAUGGAAUAGCAAACUGUACCUGCUGUGGGAAAGCAACCCUAGAGAUUAAGUGUCCAUACAAAUACCGUGAUGGUCUUACAGGGAGUAGCGAGGACACACAGUUCUGCUUAGACAAAGCACUACAAUUAAAGAAGAAUCAUGAAUACUACCAUCAAGUUCAGCUACACAUGUUUGUAUGCAACACCCAGUACUGCGACUUUGUGGUUUGGACAAAGCAAGUUGUUGCUAUCAACCGCAUCACCAGAGAUGAAGAAAUGCUACAAGCAGUCCUGCCUAAAGCUGAAAAGUUCUUCAAACAGAGUAUUUUGCCUGAGCUGUUAACACGCAGCAUGGAUCCACUGAUGCAGUCACCUACAGUCUGCUCACACUGUCAAAGGCCAGACUUUGGAAUGAUGAUUGACUGUGCAAAGUGCAAGAACCAUUUCCACUACACAUGUGCUAGAGUAAGAAGAAAGGUUGUGGAUUGGUGUUGUGAACAGUGCAAAAAUGAUGAAUGAAAUGUUCUUCGAAGCAAAUGAUUUAAUACAGUACUAAUAUUUUACAUUUUAACACUUGAAUGUGCAAUUAAUUGUGUUGAUGACAAUAAACAGUUACUUACAGAAUAAAUCUAAAUUAAGCUAUCUUGGGACUAUACAUUUACAAAGGUUUGUUAGUGCUCCACAAACAAUCACUAUAUCGUCUAACAGGUCAACCUGUGUGAGUGGAAUAAUAGUUGUCAGAAUUUUAAAAAUUUUCCAUCUACCUAUUAUUCGUUCAAUGUGUAUUCUCACAUUAGACAAACGCCUUGAUAUGUCCACUUCUUGAGCAGAGAGCUGCUUUUUACCUUUGGUAAAGUGAGGGAUCCUAAGUGUGGCACCACGUGUGGCAAGCUCAUCUCUGAUGGUAAAACCCCGAUCUGCUAGUAUCUCAUCAUUAUGCUCUAGAAGGUCAUAAAAUCCAGACUCGGCUGUAAUUUGUUUGUCUGAAACUCGCCCACCCCAACCUGCCGACAGAAAAGAAAUGGCUCCUGAAGGUGACAUGCCAAUCAAAUAUUUAAUAGUGUUGUGGCUUUUAUAAUUCGAGUACGUCUGGGCUCUGGAGGUUAAAUUUGUGGGUCUAUUGAUAAAAAUUUCUGUACAGUCAAUAAUGCACCUGCAAUGUUUAUAUUUAGGUUUAAAACAUUUUGGCAUAUUCUUUAAUACUGCAUGCUUGCUUGGCCACUUUAUGAGAGGCUUUAAAGUCGCAGACAUAACAGGGAGCCAACUUCUCAAAAUGUUUGAAAUGUCACUUUCUGUGACAUUAAAUCUGAAAGCAAUAUCCUUGUUGCAGAGCCCUAGUCUAAGUUUCAUUAGGACGAUCAAUAGAUGAUCCUUCAGGUUCAUAGAGCCACGCACAACCUCUACACUGUCUUUAAGUUUGUGACUCAACCACUCAAAUAAGACACUGGUCAGCCCUGUGAAAAACAGAACCUGCACUGCUUUACUCUUGAUAGAGCUAAAGGAAAAUUGUGUAUUCAUGAGUGUUGCCUUUAGUUCCUCAUUCUCAGUUUUCAGUUUGUCGAUCUCCAAACGCAGGUUGACACACUCUGUAGAAAGUUGGCUGUACUUGUGUUUCAGAUCAUCAUGGAGAACCUUUGGGACUGUGGCUUCUGAAAUAGAUAUUAGAUAGUAAUAGACUUAAGACUUAAUAAAAUAAGCACUGUCACUUGUUUAAGUUGAGCUUUUCUCAAUUUUUUUAAGGAUGUUUUCAAACAGCAUGUGCUAAACAGAAUAAUGAUCAAUGUCAUUAACAACACAGUUAUGCUGUAUUAAACAAUAUAUAAACAAAACCUGAUUCAUCCUAAUAAUGACUGCCCUACAUUAGUUAAGGUAUUAUAAGCUCUUACCAGUGCAUUGAUCAGCACCAGGCUCCAUUCUGCAGUCAUCUGAGGACAGGCAAGCUCCAGAAGCCUCAUCACUAGCUUCUUUGGACCGCUGUACAUCAUCUGGUGGUCUGUGGAUGGUUUCUUCCCUUUUUCUUUUCCUCUUAAAUCUGAUACACAGAGAUGAGGUCAAACAGUCAGUCCAAAACAGUUUAGUUGCUUGGUAGAUCAUAGGAGGUUAUCAGGUACCAAAACCAAGUCAAGUGUAAAUUACAUAGCAUAGCUUAACAGGGCUUCACAAGACAAUGUAGACAUUACAAAAAUCUGGUCUGACAAAUUAUCUAAAAACUAUCUGACCUUACUUGCCAUACAUUCUCUGCAUUUUGAUGCAUGCAAUGUGAUUCCAGUUAGCAACUAAAUAAGGCUAAAGUGACAAUAUUUACCUCUCAAGUUUUGUAUCUCCUUUGUCUAUUUCACACUGGGUUGCGAAGGAAAAGACAGAAGGUACAAAGUCGGGACUAUUGAAGUCCAUGGAGACCUCUCCUGUCCAAAAAACAAUAUUCUAGUUAUUGACAGUACGAUAGUGUAACAGGUAAAUUUAGCCUGAGUUUGCCAAGCUUACGAGACUAGCUAGUCGUCAAGACAACGUAACACAAUUUAAGGUAAGUUAGCUAAAACGACUAAAACUACAUUAUUCUGUGUUCUAGCGUUAGAUAAGCGUACAACUUUACCAUUAUUUUGUUGUUGUAAGCCAAACCGAGUGAUGUGUCUGAUUGAGUGAAGUUCUUAGGUUAACUUACCUGAUAUGAAGUGUGAACUGCAAAGUCUGGCAUUUUUAAUAAGGUCUUUGUUCCAAUCGGAUCUUCUGAUAGCUUGUAACCAACGACGUCUGCGGUUUGCAUUAAACGAGUUGUUAUCUGCUGGUAUUCUGUAAAACUUCAGGUCACUGUUUACAGAAUUACGAUUCUGGCAUCCCACGGCACAACACGACAUUUUUCUGUUUGUCUUUUGCCACCGUCAUGCGCGAUUGAACCUGUGUGACGUCGUUCUGACGUAAGGUGAAAAUUGGUCUAUAGGGAAUAGGGAACGAGAAUUCGGACACUACGCUGAACAUUUCUAAACGUCAUUUGCGUCAGUAAAUGCGCCGGGUAUUUGUGUGACGCAGACAGAUGCGCCCACAUCAUGUAAACAUACCAGGCACUCACGGGAAAGCUGGAGGUUGUAUUGAUGUUGAAUGUUGAAUGUUAAAUAUUCUAUGUUAAAUCCCAAAUAAAUUGUUGACAUUUCUAAACGAAAGCCGGAGACUCCAUCAUUAAAUGUAUUCGUUUUCGCGGUUAUUCAGCUUCUUCUUCUCCUCCGGAAAAACACGACCGCAUUGCAUUGUGGUAUACGUGAGUAACAUGUAGGGAACAUCGGGUGUGUUCGAAACCGCGUACUUAUGGCAAGCCGAAUUGACAUUUAUUAACUAAGUUUGACUAUCCGGAAUUUACAUUGUAGAUAUCAACAACUUCAUUCAAGAUAUCUGUUACGUAGUUGUGACUAGUCGAAACGACAGUUAGAGAUAUCUGUGACGUAGUUUUGACCAGUCGAAACGAUAGUUAGAGAUAUCUGUAAUUCAGUUUUGACUAGGCGAAACUGAAUUACAGAUAUCUGCAAUGACUUCACGGAAAACGACAUUCAA